AUGAGAAGAAUCGUUCAACAAAUUGAAAACGAAGAACGAAGCAUCUUUGAAGAUUUGAACUGCAAUGGAAAUAAAAAUUCACUUCAUGUUGGGCAAUUAAAUGUUAAGUAUUUUUUCUGCGUAAAACCAUCAAACAGUAACAAGCAUGACAGUCUUGCUGCUGAUUUAACUAAUGUUCAAAUCGAUGAAACUGACUGA